AUGUAUUUGCUCGGAAGGUUCAAGUUUAGCACACCCAUCACGUAUCUCUUGCUCUCUUUCCUUUUCCUUUUCUUCUCUGCAUUGUCGGCUUACAACAUAACUGACGUUCUAAGCAAGUACCCCGACUUCAGCACCUUCAACGACUACCUCACCAAAACCCGAAUCUGUAACCAGAUCAAUGAACACAGAAUUCUGACCGUCCUCGCUGUCAAUAAUGCAGCCAUGUCCUCUCUAGAUGGAAAAUCAGUGGACGUGAUCAACAAGGUGAUACGCAUCCACGUCUUUCUGGACUACUUAACAUUGAAUAAGUUCAAGAGCUUGCCUACUUCACUGACCACCCAAGUGACCACGCUGCUUGAAUCUCCUGACCAACAACGCUACCUGAACAUCACAAAUGGGGACUCCGUCUCAAUUGUUUCCGCUGCUGGUUCUGCUGAAGUAGAGGUAGUUCGAGAUAUUUCUCCAGAUGAAAUUUAUAUGACAUCCGUGGUGCAAGUCAGCAAUGUUAUUAUGCCCUCAAGCUUAAGCAUUUCUCCCUCGCCAUCGCCAUCAUCACCUUCACCUUCUCCUUCGCCAUCACCAUCACCUUUGUCGUCACCUUCUCCAUCCCCUUCCCCUUCAUCUGCACCAUCCCCAUCCCCAUCCCCUCCUCCUUCAUCGUCAUCCGGUCCUUAUGACAUCACCAAUGUUCUAAAUGACAACUCAGAUUUCAACCUCUUCAGCACCUACCUGACUCAAACCCAAGUCGCUAACCAGAUCAAUGAACGCAAAACCAUGACAAUCUUUGCAGUGAACAACGGUGCCAUGGCCUCUUUAGUCGACAAACCAAUGGAGAUUAAGAAAAAGGUGCUGAGCCUUCACGUUCUCAUGGACUACUACACCGUCCAGAGUUUCCACAACUUGCCUAGUGCGCAGUCCAUUCGAAUAAACACGCUGUUCCAAGUUACCGACAACCCAAGUGGCCAACUAGGCUUCGUGAACGUCACAAAUGGGAACUCAAUCUCGGUUGUUGCAGCUGCCGGUUCUGACCAAGCAACGGUAGUUCGAGACGUUUCUAACAACAAAACUAAUUACAUAUCCGUGGUGCAGAUCAGUAACCUACUACUGCCUUCAGAAUUAACUGCAUCUUCUUCCAACCCAGGCAAGUCACGAUCUGCCACGCCUGUCAAGGCUCCGUCUAGCAGUAUUGCAGCCGCACCAAAGCUAGGCGACGCUCCAGCGCAGAGUCCAACUGCAGCUGCUCCAGCCCCGCAUUCAUCUGCACGUGCUUCCACUAAUUCUCUGUUAACUAUAAUCUUUCUGUCCGCUUUGUCUCUGACUUCCGUGAUGCUCAUUUGA